AUGCCCGAGGUGCCGAAGUAUGAUGGAACUUCAGACCCUCAUGAGCAUAUUACGAAAUAUACAACGGUGGUGAAUGGGAAUGAUUUAGCUCCCCUUGAGAUUGAAUCAGUUUUGCUGAAGCAAUUUGGAGAGACUUUCACGAGGGGAGCCUUGACAUGGUAUUCGCUAUUGCCCGAGCACUUCAUAGAUUCUUUUGAGAUGCAUGCGGACUAUUUUAUUAAGGCUCAUGCCGGGGCCAGAAAGGUGCAGGCCCGAAAGGCUGACAUAUUCAGAAUUGCACAAGGAGAAUUUGAGUUGCUGCGGGAGUUUAUCACCCGAUUCCAAAAGGAGAGGAUGUUGCUCCCCGCUGAAAGCUUGCUUGAAUUCCAAGCGACGAUUUGGGCGGAUGUACACAAUCGGUACGAGUCAGAUAUAAGGAUCGAAGAUGAUCAGACCGAAGGACGCGGUAGAGGAUUCCGGUCAGUAGAUAGGUUCGCUACUAACCGAAGAACUGAUCGCGGUCAGAACAACAGAUCAUUGCAGGACAAAGAAGCAUUAGGUAUGCGGGAUCCAUCCUACCCCAGGCUAUCAGAAUACAAUUUCAACGUCAAUGUAGUGGAAUUGGUAUCAUAUAUGAGAAAUUUCAAAGGAGCACGAUUCCCGAAGCCGAUGAGAUCUGAUCCCAGCCAGAGGGAUCCAAACUUAUGUUUUGAAUACCACGGGAUGAAUGGCCACCGGACUGGGGACUACCGACAUCUGUAG